AUGCUCGAGUUCAGCCAGGAAGACCCCCGCCCCGGCGAGGCCAUGCCCGCCCUCUGCAAAAUCUACCAGAAGCGUCGUGCUGGCCGGUCCGCCUCCAAACCCAUUUCGUCUGGGUCGUCGUCGAUGUCCGGAUCCAAGAGGAAGGCGGCGGCCGCGGGCGAGCGCUCCGGCGUGAGGCGAUGCCUGCAGUUCCGUCCGUCUCCUGCCGCAGCAAAUCCGCCCACCGUGGUUGCUACAUCUGAUAUUCAAGAAGCGUUCUUGCUUCCAGUCGAGCGGCCGCAGGCAGAGCAAGAACCGCAAGAACCGCCGGUACGCAGAGCACCCACAGCCACAACGCUGAUUCCCAGCUUCUCCCUGACCUUCGACCGCACCGCCUUCCUCCGCCCCGCCCAAGAUUCGCCCACGCCAGCGAAUUCGGACCUGAGCGACACGUCGACGGCACUACUGGGCAAUCACGAGCUCGUCUCACCAGCCACCUCCGAGCUGACCUGCUACAAUGCCACGACACCCUCGAGCGAUAUCACCGGCGCUUGGGCCUUCCAGCCGUCCGCCCUGACCUCCUCCAAUGGCACCACCUUCCUCCUCCCUGGCCAAGAUUGGGCCACGCCAGAGUCGUCACAAGUCAGUGAGGCAUCGACGCUGGAGAGCUACAGCUGCUUCUCGCCCGACCACUCCACAUCCAGGCCCACCAAUCCGCCGAUCAGCAACGGCACCGGCUAUUGCUGGUCUUUCCCGCAGUCCAGCCAGCUAUCAGCAAUUUUUGGUGCCUGAUCGAAUGCUUUGAUACGCUUCCAUGUUAGGCUGAGAGGAGUGUGGGUCUGCCUCCUUUAGUUUGUAGGGAUUUUUUGUUCUUGGUAGACUUGUUCAGCAGCAACUCUGCUUUCUGUUGGAACUUGGAACCGAGGCUUGGUUCAGUUAACCGACAUCUUAGCGGUCCUCUGGUGAUGUAACUGGGAUGCACAGCACACGUAGUUGUGGAUCCUUCAUUGUGCACUCUUCCUGUAGCCUUUUCCAUAUGAUUUUGUGUCUGCUGUGCCUAAUUUUUCUGAUAUUGUGAUCGGAUUCAGUGAUCAUUUUUUUGUUUUGCUUUUGGCCCAGUGAAGAGUAAAUUAGGCUUUGGUUUCUUGUAGGAUUUUCAAGUGAAGAGUGAGUGAUUAUC